AUGAUUAUUCCGGUUCGCUGCUUCUCAUGUGGCAAGGUCGUGGGUGACCUUUGGGAAAAGUUCGUUGUCUUGAUCGAGGACAGAGGGCUCGCCGAUGGAGAGGCCCUUGAUGAGCUCGGCUGCAAGCGCUACUGCUGCCGUCGCAUGGUCAUGACCCACGUUGACUUGAUCGAGAAGCUUCUGAAGUACACUCCCGAUGGCCGCAACAGCAAGAAGCUCAGCAUGGCCAAUCCUGGUCACAUGGAAUAA